AUGGCGCCGCGCAUCGCGAAGGCGCGCAGCAAAAGUACACGCGGCAAAGUAAGCACCGUCGCCAACCCCGAACUUGUGAAGCGCCACUUCGAGAAUCGCUUCAAGAGCGAUAGCCUCAACUCGUUCUGGAGAUUCGGCGGCGUCGCGAAGCCGACCAUUGGCGACCUUCGCUAUCAGCUCCUCACUGUCGGCCACUCGCCCAAGUCAAAGCUACUCCGCGAAGACCUCGAGGAGCAGAUCCGAGUCCACGUCCACGGGCAGCUCGCGUACCGGAAGUCAAGCAAGGCCGACCUCAUGAAAUUCAUCUCGGACCGCGGUUUGGUCGUGGCGGAGGCUUCUGGCACGGUAAACGCGCCAUCGAAGAAGCAGUUUGCCGAGACGCUGGUUAAGGCCGACAAGGACCGCAAAUUCACCCGCCUCUUCGACCUUCCUCCGGAGCUCCGGCUCUGCAUCUUCGACUUCCACUUUGCGGAUUUCGUGCGCCAGAGGGGCCUGAAAUCACCAAGCCAGCCGCCACUCACCCUCACCUGCCGCACUAUCCGUCACUGCGCGCUGCCUCUCUUCUUUCAGCAGUGCAAAUUCUCCAUCGAUCUCUCCGUCAGCCCUAGCGACGCGGAUUGGCCGGAAGACGCGAUCGUCCCAGGACCAUUGCACCUGAACCCAUCAUCCGAAACGUUCUUGUGCCACAUCCCACACCGACAUCUCAGACACCUCCGCGCCCUGUCCGUCUGCUACAUCGACCGCCACGUGAGAGACCGCGCAGCAAAGUACGACGCUGUCUAUCAUACCACCCGAGUUGACAUUAAGCUCGACCGGACCAGCCCACUGCUCGCUGCGCUCCGGGGUCAUUCAAGAGACUGUGAUCGGGUUGUGAAGGGUGAGCUCACAGCCACAAUGCAGGAGAUGAACGUGGAGCUGCGUAAGCUGGUGCAGAAGGCUGGUGAAGAAUGGUAUCAGAAGGCGACAGAUGCCACUGUCAGGUAUUAG